GUCUGAUUCACGCCAUCCAUUCGAGCUUCCACACGACACACAUGUCCACAUAGGCAGCCCAAAUCGCAACACCAACCUUGCUGUGGGGAUAUCACAACUGCCGCGUCUCCUAACGCCGGCGUCCGCGACCGUGCCGCGACCUCCCGCCUCGCAUCCUUUCUUCCUCGACCAUGAUAUAGCAUCACCAGGCUGCGCGUGACCCGACGUCGCCUCUGCCGCCAUGUCGGCCAACGCCUCAAACUCGCUCUCGCAGUAUCUCGAGCAGCUGCGGGGCACAACCUUCCAGCGCCUCUACCAGCAGCCCUCCACCGUCUUCGCCAUCUUCCGUCGCAUGCUUCCUCAUCUCGCCAAGACGAUUGUCAUGGCAAUUCUGUACAUGCCGGCGCCAUUCCUACUUUCUGACCUCGAAAUCUGGAUCAGGCCCUCGGCGAAACGAGAAAAAGAUCAGGCCAUAUCAGCGCUACGAACCCUCCACAUAAUAUCACGAGACACACCACAUCACAUCACCCUCUCUCCAAACUUCCGAAACAGCCUGCGACUGGCCCUCGAGGGCGGUGGCGACCACAACUCGUUCGGCGUCCCCUCAACACAACCGGUGCCACCCGAGAUCGACAUCGCAUUUCUAGACAAAUACGCGCGGCGGAAAUGGGACGACAUAUUACACUUCGUAGUCAACAGUGUCGGCUCCGGCGGCGGAGGUCGAGGCUCGACAGGGCCCAAGCAGUCUGUCAAGGACCUCCUGUUGAACGGAAACCUGGUGGAGCAGAAGCCCGGCGCAAGCGUCAACAUCACACAGGAGGGCUUCACUUUCCUGCUGCAGGAGGCGAAUGCACAAGUCUGGACACUGUUGCUGCUAUGGCUCACUGCUGUCGACCGCGCGAAUGACCAUGCUAAGAAGAAGGCAGGCGCCGACAGCAUCGGCCUGGAAGGGCCCGACAUGCUGUCAUUCUUCUUCCUGCUCUCGUCCUUGGAACUGGGGAGGGCAUACAGCACCGCUGCGCUGACCCCGGCACGGCGAGAUCUCCUGCCGAAUCUCGCAGACUUUGGGCUCAUCUACAUCCCCCACGGCAACCCGUCCCAGUUCUUCCCGACCCGGCUCGCCACGACCCUGACGAGCAGCGAGACGAGCUUGCGCUCCGUCAGCGCAGGCUUCGCAGCGGCCACGGCAGGCGGCGGCAGCAGCAGCAAGAAGAGCAGCGGAGCCAGCGGGGGUGCCAACGGCGGUGACAGCCCGGCGCCCGGGCUGGGCGAGUCCCAAGACCGCAACGCCAUCAUCCUCGAGACCAACUUCCGGCUGUACGCGUACAUCCAGUCGCCGCUGCAGAUCGCCGUCCUGGCGCUCUUCUCGGACCUCAAGUUCCGCUUCAAGGGCCUCGUCUCGGGCCACCUGACGCGGGGCAGCGUGCGGAGGGCGGUCGACAUGGGCAUCACGGCCGACCAGAUCAUCAGCUACCUGGCGACGCACGCGCACGAGCAGAUGCACCGCGUGUCGGCGACCAACAACAAGCCCCUCCUCCCGCCCGUCGUGGUCGACCAGAUCCGCCUGUGGCAGCUCGACACGGAGCGCAUGCUCACCACCACGGGCUACCUGUUCAAGGACUUUGACAACUACAAGGACUACCUCGAGAUCUGCAACUUUGCCGACGACAUUGGCGUCGUGUCUUGGCGCAACGACAAGCGCGGCGUCUUCUUUGCCAACAAGACUGACCAGAUUAAGGAUUUCAUGAAGGCCAGGAAGAAGGUCAAGGCCGAGGAACAGGGCGGCGGCGGCGGCGGCGGUGCCAAUGGAGCGUGAGUGGUAAGGGAACGGGGAAUGGGGGGUUGGACUUUGACGUAAGGGAAAAUUCACGCAUGAAAAAAUCACUGCUGCCCAGGUGGUGGUGGUGGUGGUGGCGGUGCCGAUCGAACGUAGAGAGGAUUCGUCGUCAGACUCCUGGCUGACUGUGAGAUCCCUCUCAGUGUCAAAUAGACAGAAACCUGAGGGUCAAGCUGGGCUGAAAGCUCAUCGGUGGUAUGCACAAUCUGGCAACCUUGCCUUAGGCUUGGUUCAAUGAGAACCAAUCCACCGGAUGCCGGCCUUAGAAACAAAAAAGAAAGUAUCACACUUCACAUUGACCUCGUCCACGACUU